CUUUUUUUCCUUUUUUCUUCAAAAAAAAGAAAAGAAAUGGCCUGUGGAAGUAAAACUAGCUUAAAACUUCAUUCUUCAGUGACAAUUUUGAUUUAAGAAGAAACAUAUCUAAAUUUUGCAAAAAAAAUAAAAAAAAGUUUCAAUCUUUUUUCAAGAAAAAUGGCUUCAGGAAGCAGAACAAGCUCAAAACUUCAUAGGCAUAAUUAUAAUAACAAUAACCAAAAAGCCCAACAACCAUCAUCAUCAACUUCAAACUACAACAAGGUAGUUGACUCAGUAAGCAAAGCAACUGCACAGUUUACAGUUGAUGCAAGAUUGCAUGCUGUAUUUGAACAAUCUGGUGGCUCUGGUAAGUCUUUUGAUUAUUCAAAGUCACUUCAAACUACAACACAGUCAUCAAUUCCUGAACAACAAAUAACUGCUUAUUUGUCAAGAAUUCAAAGAGGUGGUCACAUUCAGCCAUUUGGUUGCAUGAUUGCUAUCGAUGAUUCGAGUUUUAAAGUCAUUGCCUUUAGUGAGAAUGCUAGAGAAAGAUUAGGCUUAGCUCCCCAAUCUGUACCAAGUAUAGAAAAACAAGAAAUCUUGACAAUUGGAACAGAUGUUAAGACCCUUUUCACCCCUACUAGUUCUGUGUUGCUAGAACGAGCUUUUCGGGCUAGAGAGAUUACUUUACUGAACCCUCUUUGGGUUCAUUCCAAGAAUUCAGGGAAACCGUUUUAUGCGAUCUUGCAUAGGAUUGAUGUAGGGAUUGUGAUUGAUUUAGAGCCUGCUAGGACUGAAGAUCCGGCUUUGUCUAUUGCUGGGGCGGUUCAGUCUCAAAAGCUGGCUGUUCGGGCCAUUUCAAAGUUGCAGGCUUUGCCAGGUGGAGAUAUUAAGCUUUUGUGUGAUACUGUUGUGCAAAAUGUGAGGGAACUUACGGGUUAUGAUCGGGUUAUGGUGUAUAAGUUUCAUGAAGAUGAGCAUGGUGAAGUUGUAGCGGAAUGCAAACGGGCUGAUUUGGAUCCAUAUAUUGGUUUGCAUUAUCCGGCUACAGAUAUACCUCAAGCUUCAAGAUUCUUGUUUAGGCAAAACCGUGUUAGAAUGAUUGUUGACUGUCAUACGAAUCCUGUUCGUGUGAUCCAAGACGAGGCAUUAAUGCAACCAUUGAGCUUGGUGGGUUCGACUCUUCGGGCCCCUCAUGGUUGUCAUGCUCAGUACAUGGCCAACAUGGGCUCUAUAGCUUCAUUAGCCAUGGCAGUAAUUAUUAAUGGACCAGAUGAUGAAAAUACAGGACAAAGAGCUUCAAUGAGACUUUGGGGUUUAGUUGUUUGUCAUCAUACAUCGGCCCGUUGUAUUCCUUUUCCUCUUCGUUACGCUUGUGAAUUUUUGAUGCAGGCGUUUGGGCUUCAAUUAAAUAUGGAAUUACAGUUAGCUGCUCAAAUGUCGGAAAAACACAUUUUAAGAACACAAACUUUAUUAUGUGAUAUGCUUCUUCGUGACUCACCAACGGGUAUAGUGACUCAAAGCCCAAGUAUCAUGGAUCUUAUAAAAUGUGAUGGGGCUGCACUUUACAAUCAAGGAAAGUACUACCCGCUAGGUGUAACCCCAACUGAAGCCCAAAUCAAAGAUAUUAUCGAUUGGCUAACUGCAGUGCACCUUGAUUCAACCGGUUUAAGCACUGAUAGUUUAGCCGAUGCAGGUUAUCCAGGAGCCACAGCUCUGGGGGAUGCAGUUUGUGGGAUGGCAGUGGCUUACAUUACAUCUAAAGAUAUAUUAUUUUGGUUCAGAUCAAAUACUGCCAAAGAGAUAAAAUGGGGUGGUGCUAAACAUCAUCCGGAAGAUAAAGAUGAUGGUCAAAGAAUGCAUCCGCGUUCUUCUUUUAAUGCAUUUUUGGAAGUGGUGAAAAGUAGGAGUUUGCCAUGGGAGAAUGCUGAAAUGGAUGCAAUACAUUCGUUACAGCUUAUUUUGAGAGACUCAUUUAAAGAUGUUGAUGAAAAUAACUCAAAAGCUGUUGUUAAUGCUCAUUAUGAAGAUAUGGAGUUGCAAGGUAUGGAUGAACUUAGCUCGGUUGCACGAGAAAUGGUUAGGUUAAUAGAGACUGCAACUGCUCCUAUACUUGCAGUUGAUGUUGAAGGUCGAAUAAAUGGAUGGAAUGCAAAGGUUGCAGAAUUAACUGGUUUGUCAGUGGAGAAUGCUAUGGGGAAAUCAUUGGUUCAGGAUCUUGUGUAUAAAGAAUCAGAAGAAACAGUUGCUAAACUUUUGGAUCGUGCGUUAAGAGGUGAAGAAGAUAAAAAUGUGGAGAUCAAGUUGAAGACAUUCAAUUCGUCAAUGGAAGAAACCGCGGUUUUUGUAGUAGUCAAUGCUUGUUCCAGCAAAGACUACACCGAUAACAUAGUAGGAGUUUGCUUUGUUGGCCAAGAUGUCACCCGUCAAAAAGUUGUCAUGGAUAAAUUUAUUCAAAUUCAAGGCGAUUACAAGGCCAUUGUUCAGAACCCAAGUGCUCUAAUACCACCUAUAUUUGCUUCCGAUGAGAACACAUGUUGCUCAGAGUGGAACAUUGCCAUGGAGAAACUUACGGGCUGGACUCGAGCAGAAAUCCUUGGUAAAACCUUGGUUGGGGAAAUUUUUGGAAGUGUUUGUCGUCUAAAAGGUCCUGAUUCUUUGACAAAAUUCAUGAUCAUUCUGCAUAAUGCAAUCGGAGGCCAAGAUACGGAAAAGUACCCCUUUUCAUUCUUUGACAAAAAUGGGAAAUACGUUCAAGUUCUUUUAACAGCUAAUAAGAGGAUGAAUGUGGCAGGAGAGGUUAUUGGGGCCUUUUGUUUUUUGCAAAUUGCAAGUCCGGAAUUGCAACAAGCACUUAAAGUACAAUUGCAACAAGAAAAGAAGUGUCAUGAGAGAAUGAAAGAAUUGGCUUAUAUCUGUCAUGAGAUCAAAAAUCCGUUAAGUGGCAUUCGUUUUGCAAAUUCUCUUUUGGAAGCAUCAGAUUUAACCGAAGAUCAGAAGCAGUUGCUUGAAACUUCUGCAGCAUGUGAGAAACAAAUGUUCAAGAUCAUAAAAGAUGUUGAUAAGGAAAACAUCCAAGAGGGUUCUUUAGAGAUGGAGAAACAUGAAUUUGUACUUGGGAAUGUAAUCAAUGCUGUGGUGAGCCAAGUAAUGUUACUGCUGCAGCAUAGAGGUCUACAACUGAUCCGAGAUAUUCCAGAGGAAGUCAAAACAUUGACCAUUUACGGUGAUCAAGCGAGGAUGCAACAAGUGUUGACAGACUUCUUGUUGAAUAUGGCACGUCAUUCGCCCUCACCAGGGGGUUGGGUGGAACUUCAAGUUCGCCCGACCUUGAAGCAAACUUCUGAUGGAAAUGUUGUACAUGUUGCAUUUAGGAUCAUGUCUCCUGGUGAAGGUCUAUCGCCGGAGUUGGUUCAAGACAUGUUUCAUAGCAGUGAAUGGUCAAGCGAAGAAGGUUUAGGACUAAGCAUGUGUCGAAAAAUACUAACUCUUAUGAAUGGUGAAGUUCAAUAUAUCAGAGAAUCAGAAAGAUGUUAUUUCUUUGUCGUUCUUGAAGUACCACCACAUUAACGUGACUACAAAAGCGUUGACCAAUUCUUCCCAUAUCAAAAAAGUUUGGACGACGGAGUUCAAUCUAAUAAAAAGUCACCAUUCCAGGGAUGUCACGUUUAUGUGGUUUUCGAGUGUAUUCUCACAUGGGUUUUUCAAGUGGAAGUAUCAAUCUAUCGAAUGGUUUUCGUGGCUUCAUGGCUACCGGCUGCAUUCUUUCAACUUUGAGGAAAUCAAAGUUUAUGAGUAUUCUCCCUUCUUUUAACUCAUGUUAUAGUAAUUAACUCGUGUGUUAUAAACAUAUAGUUUGGUAUGAAUUGUGAAAUCUAUCUAAUCUUUAAUCUUUAUUAAAAGUUGCCAAUUAAUUGUUAUCCAAA